UACAAAUAAACGCACUAUACAACAAACAUAAGGAAAGAUAAAGGAAAUAACCCAGCACCACAAACAACGAAAAUAAGUGAAGACAAAGGAAGAAACUCAAUGCUAAGGAAGAAGGCAGCAAAAUAGGCGAGCUAAUAAAGAAGUGGAUCGGAAUGACCAACCCAAAGAUCAAAUUGGAUCAAAGGAGAGGAUCCUUACCAGGAUCUCUACCAGAAAAUCCAACCACACAAACACCAACUCCAACUAACCCAACGGCCAAAGACAUCCUGAAAGAAAUUCAAAAGAUACAGGAAAAGUUGGAAGCCUCCCAGGAAAAGCAAGACGCAUAUCAAAAGAUAGCGGAAGAUCAAAGGAUGAGUUUAAAGAAGGACUUAAAGGAAGAAAUUACAAAGCUGAAAAAUGAGAUCACAGCAGAACUGGGGGAAAUGAAAAAGGAAAUGGACCUAAUGCGACAAGAAACAAAAAGUAAUCAAGCAAAAAUAGACAAGGUCGAGAGGAAGCAAGAAGAACUAACGAAGAAAGUCGAAAAUAUAGACUUGGCAGAAGCCAAAUUGGAAGCCAAACAAACACAACUAGAGCAGAAAGAACUGGAAUAUUUUUUAAGGUUCAGAAGCAUACAGGAAGAUGCUAAAGAAAACCUAAGGGAGGUAAUAACAACAAUAGUUGCAGCAGUACUCGAGAUAUCAGAAGAUGAUGCGGAAUCAAACAUUGAUCGCACAUAUAGGGUAUCAACGAAUUACGCUAAAAGGCACAAGGUGGACAGAGACGUGGUUGUCCAAUUUGGGAGAAAAUUUGUAAGGGAUGAAGUUCUGAGAAAGAGCAAUCAAAACCCACCAUAUUUCAAAGGAAAGAAGAUAACUAUCUUAAAGGAACACGUGCAAUCAGUAAUACAGAAAAGAAGAAAAUACUUAACGCUUACAGAAGAAUUAAGGAGACGUCACAUCAGAUAUCGCUGGGAGAAAGGGGAAGGACUGAUGGCCACAUACAAAAACGAAAAAAUCUGGAUUACAUCAGAAGAGAAAGCACAUGACUUUCUAAAGACGUUGAAAAAGGACAAUGAAGAUCAAGACUUCCAAUAUGUCCCAGGCAUGAAGAUGCAAGUCAAAAGGACAAGGACUGAGUUACCGGAAAAAACAGACAUGGCAACAGGUUUCACACCAACGGCAUUGGAAAAAGUCCCAGAAUCACAAGACAAUGACGGAACGAACAAUUAGCUGCCACUCCCAGAAUGUGAACGGUCUGAACUCACCGAGCAAGAGAAGGAGGAUCUUUCACAGAUUAGGACAAAAACAUUAUGACAUCAUAGCAA